GGACUGUACUGGUGUGGUGGCGUGGGGUGGCAGGGAGAACAGCAGGUGCCUAACACAUACUUAUUGAAAGAUUGGUUUUUGGCAUCUAUCUACCUUCAGUAGAUAAUGGUGCUAUUAUCUAAAGGAGACUUGGAGAAACAGCUUUGCGACAAAAGAGUUCAUUAUUUUAGAGAUGUAUUUGAGGCUGGGAGAAGGGUCUCAAGGAGAAGCCCCAAGGAAGAAGGAUGAAGGACUGGAGAUUUGUCAGAUGUCAGUUGAAACCUUGAGUGGGUGAGAUUCUGCACGGUGGGUAACCGCGAAAGUAAGACAACCAGCCAAACAGCACUGGCAGUCUAGGAGUGUCUUGCAGAGUGGCCAGCAGGGGGCCCACUCGAGCUGGGGGGAAGUGGACCAGCAGGCUGCCGGCGCUCUCCUAACCUUGGAGUGUUCAGCCAGCUCCCCGAGUAUAUGAAAUCUGGGGAGACCCAGGGUUUUCUGAGGUCAAGCUAGUAUUUCUGAUCGGGGAGACGCAGCCGUCAGGCUGCUGAAUCUUCAGAGCUUGGGCUUCAUGCUUCUGCCCCAUCAGUUCCUCGGGGCAGGUCCAGUUGGCUGCUCACAGAGGGAUGCUGGAGCCCUCUUGGCCCCUCAGACUUAUACUAGCAGCUUGGGGUUGCCCACAGAGAGGGUCCUUACAUGGAAGGGACGUUCGGGGAAUAGAGAAGCAAUGCAAGGAGCACCAGGAAAAUCGGUCCGGGCGGGGGUCCCCGAGGGAACCGAGGACAGCGGAAACGGGGAAAGGGGGGACUAGAGUCUGGACAACAUCCUACUUCCAAACAGACAAGCCCCAAACUCCUCCUUACAGAUCCUCAAGGGGCACCUACGAGAGGCAAGAGGCAGGUGAAUCAGGAGAGCUGGAAGGCGCACACCACGCCUGGAUAUGGGCCUGGGAAUCCGAGACCCGCAGACUGCACCUGAGUGGGAGCCAUCAGGGACAAGAGAGAACCACAGCACAAAGCCCAAGGAAGGGGCAGCAAUGCGUGGGAAUGGUGCAGUUGAGGUAAGCAUCCCUGCGAAGCCUGAGCAUUCGGGCGUGGUACCCGGGGCGCAGGGGGGACUACGGAGCGGGCGGGAGAGCAGAAUGCACGAGCCAGGCUGGGUGCUGAGGGGCAUUGCCACGUAGCUGGGCAAGUCCGGGGUGUGCAAGAAGGCCGAGCCCGCAACCCAGCCUAGAGUCAGGGCUCCGGGCGGGGCGGUGGGAGAUUGUGGCCCGAGAGUAACUCCAGCUUAAGACUGCAGAGUCGAGGCGAGGCCCACAGCGGCCCAUAGGCUCCCCCCAGUCUCUCUUGUUUGUCUCUUAAGUCCGGCCGGAACCGGCUUCUGCUUGCCGGGGGGCGGGCGGGUGGCUGCUCAUUGGUCAAAGCCUGUUUCCAGCCCCCACUCAGCCAAUCAGCGGGCGGCAGUGUUUUCAUUUUAGGGUCGGAAUAAAAGGGCUGGAAUAAAAGGAGACGGAAAAGGAGCCGGGCGGGCCCGACACACACAAGCAGGAGCCGGGUAAGCUAGAUCCCAGAGAUGGGGGUGGGCCUAAGCUAGGGUGCGGGGGACAAGAGAAGGGGCUUAGAGAGAGGUGUACAUAUGAGAGGAAAGUGACCUGACGGGUGAGGAGCCGCUAGAGAAGACGAGGAGUAGAGCAAGGAACUGGGGCAUGGAGGGACUGAGGGUCGGCUUCCAUGGGAACCUGCUAAUUGCCGAGAUAACAGUCCAGAAAGGGGGUCGCGAGGCUGGCUCGCGCCGCCGGUUUGAACCGGCUUCGCCUCUCCCACGCGGGGUUCGCGUGGCCGCAGCGCCUAGCGACCUAGACAAUGGCCAAUGGCGCGGCAGUUCCUUUGUCGUCAGGCCAAUGAGCGCGCCGUGGGCAGGCCGUUCCGGAGCUCGGUGUGCUGAUCUUAUGGUUGAAGAAGACAGAGCUGGGGCAGGGUCUUGAGUGCGGGCGGGAGGAAGUCUGUCAGGGUCCCUGGGAGUGGCAGCUGUCAGGUAUGCCGCUGCCCAGGUGGCCAUGCCUCCAUCUGCCAGCCCUCACAGCCCUCAAACUAGCUAUGUCUGUCUUGCUGGGCUCCAGGACUAGUCCACGUCCUUGAAAAUGCUUUCGUCCCGUCCUCCUUCCUUGCCUCAGUUUACCUGGAGUGAGCUGCAGGAGAAGUCUCUGGCCAGGACAGCUCCAGCAUAGCGGAGGGCAGCGUUUCCAGGCAGCUGCGGGCUCGGGGUGAUCCGGGUCCCAGGCAGGGUUGGGACUUGCUUCCUUCAUUUCUCGAACCUGCCUUCUGGGCCACAGAGGGGUGACAGGCUCUGCGCCCUGCGGCAGCGGCCGGGGGGCGGCCGCACGGGUUGGGCAGGUCCCGUGCUGACGCCGAGGUCUGUGCGCAGGUAGCUGCAGAACCAGAGCCCGAGCCUGGCCGCCGCGCCGUGCUGCCGCGCCGUGCCGCCGCACCAUGGCGCCCACCCUGGCCACUGCCCAUCGGCGCCGCUGGUGGAUGGCCUGCACGGCCGUAUUGGAAAACCUCCUCUUCUCGGCAGUCCUCCUGGGCUGGGGCUCGCUGCUCAUCAUGCUCAAGUCGGAGGGCUUUUACUCCUACCUGUGUACGGAGCCAGAGAAUGUCACCAAUGGCACAGUGGGGGGCACCUCAGAGCCUGAGCACGAGGAGGUGACGUGGAUGAAUGGCUGGCUCAGCUGCAAGGCCCAGGAUGAGAUUCUAAAUCUGGCCUUCACUGUGGGCUCCUUCCUGCUCAGUGCCAUCACCCUGCCCCUGGGGAUCAUCAUGGACAAGUACGGUCCAAGGAAGCUCAGACUUCUGGGCAGUGCCUGCUUUGCUGUCUCCUGCUUGCUGAUUGCAUAUGGAGCAAGUAACCCAAAUUCUCUCUCUGUGCUCAUCUUCAUCGCCCUGGCUCUGAAUGGCUUUGGUGGGAUGUGCAUGACCUUCACCUCAUUAACACUGCCCAACAUGUUCGGAGACCUUCGAUCCACAUUUAUUGCCUUGAUGAUUGGAUCCUACGCCUCCUCAGCAGUCACCUUUCCAGGAAUCAAGCUCAUCUACGACGCGGGAGCCUCCUUCAUCAUCAUCCUUGUGAUCUGGGCCGCCUGUUCCGGGCUGGUUUUCCUCAACUGCUUCUUUAACUGGCCACUGGAGCCCUUCCCAGGGCCAGAGGACAUGGACUACUCGGUGAAGAUCAAGUUCAGCUGGCUGGGAUUUGACCACAAGAUUACAGGGAAGCAGUUCUACAAGCAGGUGACCACUGUGGGGCGCCGCCUGAGUGUGGGCAGCUCCAUGAGGAGUGCCAAGGAGCAAGCCGCGCUGCAGGAGGGCCACAAGCUGUGCCUGUCCACCGUCGACCUGGAGGUGAAAUGCCAGCCAGACACUGCAGCACCCUCAUUCAUGCACAGCGUGUUUAGCCCCAUCCUGCUGCUCAGCCUGGUCACCAUGUGCGUCACACAGCUGCGGCUCAUCUUCUACAUGGGAGCUAUGAACAGCAUCCUCGAGUUCCUGGUCAGUGGUGACCAGAAGACAGUGAUGGCCACGGUUGCCCUCUACACCUCCAUCUUUGGCGUGCUCCAGCUGCUCUGCCUGCUGACAGCGCCUGUCAUCGGCUACAUCAUGGACUGGAGGCUGAAGGAGUGCGAAGAUACCUCUGAGGAGCCUGAGGAGAAAGACAACAACCAAGGCGAGAAGAAGAAGCGGGACCGACAGAUCCAGAAGAUCACUAAUGCUAUGAGGGCCUUUGCCUUUACAAACCUGCUGCUCGUGGGGUUUGGGGUGACCUGCCUCAUUCCCAAUCUGCCACUACAGAUCUUCUCCUUUGUCCUGCACACGAUCGUGCGAGGAUUCAUCCACUCAGCUGUUGGGGGCCUGUACGCUGCUGUGUACCCCUCCACCCAGUUUGGAAGCCUCACAGGACUGCAGUCUCUGAUCAGCGCGCUCUUUGCCCUCCUGCAACAGCCACUCUUUCUGGCCAUGAUGGGUCCCCUCCAGGGAGACCCUCUGUGGGUGAAUGUGGGGCUGCUAAUCGUGAGCAUGCUGGGCUUCUGCCUGCCCCUCUACCUGGUCUGCUACCGGCGCCAGCUGGAGAAGCAGCUGCAGCAGAAGAGGGAAGACAGCAAACUUUUCCUCAAGAUCAAUGGCUCAUCCAACCGGGAGGCCUUCGUGUAGCACCACUGGCUCAGAACUGGCCUCCUGUGCGUGCUUCAGUGACUAGCGAUGUCCUCCUUCCCACCCCAGAGGACCCUGCACACUCCCAGGAUUCUCUCCUUCACCAUGUCAGAGACCAUGAUCCCUCCAGGGCCCUGGUCCUGGCUUGGAGCUCUGCAGUGGAAGGACAGGAGAAGGCCCAGGAUGGGAGAUUUUGCUGGACAUAGGACAGCCCUGGAUCUGCUCUGCCACCCCCAAGGGAUCCUGGGGCCUUGGGUCUCCAUGGUGCCUGCAGGAGGAGCCAAGGGCACCCCCAGCAGGCAGGCUCUGUCCCUUAAGGCUCCAGAUUCUGCCUCUUGCUAAAGAAGAGGGACCUGCUGUCCACUACCCUCCACCUGCCUCUCAGCUGCAUGCCCACCGACCACGCCUACCUGAGGACAAAGGCUUGCAGUGUCUGCACCCCCCUCGCCUGGCCCUCACCUCCUCCCCUGGCCAGUCUGCAGCUGCCUGAGGAAGGAAGGACCCGCUUCCUGUUGUUGGUGCUAACCCCUUUGUAAUCCCACCCCCCUGUGGCCUGUCCACGCCCGUCUUCUCAUGUGAAGCCUGUGGAGAAGCCCUCCUGGCUCACAGCCUGGAGAGGGGAUGGAGGCAAUAGGGUCACAAACAAAGCCACAGAAGCCAUGGACACAGCUGAUCGGUUGUCCCCCACCUCCUCCCUCAGGGUGGGUGGAGGGAGCACUUUUCCACUGCCACCCUCGGUCCAGACUUCGACCUGAUGGGAAUUAAAGGGGCACCACCAGGCCGUUCCCUCCCCCAACACACACAGCUGUUUCCAUGGGGCUGACAGAUAUAGAAGUCCAGGCCUGUACAGGGAGGUGGAUUGGUGAGAAGCUGAGGGGGGGGUGUGGGGAGGGGGAUGUGUGUGUACAUGUGGUAUGUGUGAGGUGGGUGGGCUCUAGGGUCUGCCCUUAUCCCCACCAACCAGCCAGGCCUGUGUGCCCAGAGCCAGCCUUGCCUCCUCCUGGUCAGCAUCUUGUAUUGGCCAUGUAGCUACAGCGCUCCCUGCUGGCUGAGUCCCCCAGGGUCUGAAGCUGUUUGGGUGGGAGAGGCCAGGCCUGCCUUGCUCACCAAUCUCCCCACCUUGUCUCCCCUAGGAAAUGUGUCUGAGACCUCCUGGGUGCUCAGAGCAGUGGGUUGAUUUUUAGGUCUUUAGUUUUUCUUUUAAGUUUUAUCAGACUUCUUUUUAUAAAGCAAUAAAUCCAUUUUCCUCCUGGCAAGGGAUUCCCCUCCUAGCAUAUCAAUUGACAGCUCUAUGUACCUGUUUUGAGCUCAGGAGGGAAAGGCAGAAUGAGCUAUUCUGCCACUGACCAGCCCUAACCAUACCCAUCAUAUCCCUUGUCAAGGGCCAGGAUUCUCAACUAACUACCUGCUGUGUCAUCAGGGCCAGUCCCACCAGCAGGUCUCACAUGGAAGGCCUAGGACCUGAGGGCUGCUGGGUGGUCUAUGGAGAACCAGAAAAUCAGUUGGGUGCUAGAAUAUGGUCCUGAGUAGGGAGGGGCUGAGCCAGGAAAAGACAUUAUACCUCUUCCCCAGAUAAAUUGGGCUUUGCAGAAAUGUGGGCCACCCCUCUGGGGACUGUACCAGCCAAGCAGACCAACCCUGGCCCCUCACUGCCUACACGGAUUUCCUGUUGCUUCCCCACAACCCUAGGGGCCUUCCUGAGUAUAGGACACAGGGUGACCCCAGAGAACAGCAGGAUGUGGUGGGGGACAGAGAAGAAGAGGGGGAGCACCUAGGCCAAAUUUGAGCUCCCCAGUAACAGUCAACCACUGAGUCUCCUGGCCUCAGUGUAGCACUAGGCUCCUGAGUCUCCUAAUAUUUUUAAAUAUUAAAAAUCACAACCCAAAAAGUAAUGAACAGGGAGUGCAGGUCAGUCAGUAGUGGAGUGCAUGUUUAGCAUGAGCAUGGCUCCGGGUCCCAUCCUCAACACCAGAAGAGACCCAAAUAACAACAAAACAAAAUUAAGCAGGGAAUGGUGGAGCAUGCCUGUAAUCUCAGCACUCAAGAGGCUGAGGCAGGAGGAUCACUGCAAGUUCAAGACCAGCCUGGACUACAUGGCGAGACCCUGUCUCAAAAAACAAACAGAGCCCUGGGGAUUUAGCUCCGUGGUUCUGGUGCUUGCUUCUCAAGCACAAGGUCCCGAGCUCGAUCCCCGGUACAAAAAAAAAAAAAAACCUUUGUAUGAACAUUUUCCAAACCAUUCCACAGAGCACUGAUUUUGAUGUGUUAAUGGUCAUUCUGGUUUUAAAACUUCAUAGCCAAAUUUAGGAUGCUGAGUUAAAGUCAAGCCCAUUUUGCAGCAAGCACUCAGCACUUUCUCUAUAAUCAUGAAUGCUGUGCCUGUCCAAAAAAAAGGUGUGGUGUGCUACCCAGGUACCCCCCACAUGUGUGGCCUCAUGGCUACCUGUCACAGAAGCUCCUGGGCUAUUGAGCUUUCUUCUGACUGGUGAUUCUGGUCCCUCCAGAGUUUGAGACUCACUCCUGAACAGGAAGACAGUUGGGAAACACUGACUGCCAAGUCCCUUCUAACCUAGGAACAUAUCUUGAGGAUGGGCAGACAGCCUUGCUGUCCCCAGCAGCACCUGGGCCUCACCACCCUACCAUUAGAUGGAGAUGCUGCUGCCAUUGAGAAACUAGAAGUGAGGGUUGGAAACAGUCUAUGGCCAACUGUGUGGGAGCAGUGGCAUGAGAACAGGGGCCAGGUACAGAGGCUGUAGAAAGCCAGAUGGGUCAGGUAUCCCCUAAUCAGGAGCUGGUCACUGCACCCUGAUUUCCUACGGAGUUAACAGAUUAGAAUCAUGGGAACAAUCUAGGGUAAAUAAAUACCAUCAUCUCCAUUUUACAGUUGGCAGAACUGAGGCCCAGAGAGGUGAAGUAACUUGCCUAAGGUUAGAACUAGGACUCACGUGUGGGUCUGAAAUCAUUGGAGCACCCAAAGCACUGUAGACCAGGGAAUGCCAUUUGGAGCAGCAGCUCCAGGGUCACCCAGGCCUCCUCAGCAGGGCGCCAAUACCUAGGGAAGGACAGUAAGGUCAGACACCCAUUUCUUGGAGCCAAAGCUUCCUCAGGCUGGGGUGAGCUCUGAGUGUCAUUUGGCCCCUGCAGGAUGAUGAGUACUUGGAGGAGCAAUUUCCUGGUCACCCCAUCCUCAAGGAGUGCCUGAGAUGGGACCAGAUCACAGGCUAAUUACAGGAAAGGGACGCCAGUGGCCAGAGCCAUCUCUUCUCCAUCCCCCACUCCCAUCCUCCCUAGACUCUGGGCCCAGCCCCCCUUUGUGAUUGUUUCCUGCAGUUCCUCCAGGUCUCUGCCUGCAGCUCCCUAUGCUGGGCCCUGUCCAUAGAGAAGGUUCCAGCCCUCAUAAAGGCCAAGGAGAAGGUGCAGCCCUAAGGGACUCCUUCCUGUCUUGUCUCUCUCCCUGUCCUUCCUAUACCCAGCUUCCUGGUCAAAAGAACUUCUGUGCAAACCCUCCUUGUGUCCUUGCAUGGCCUAGGCAGUCUGAGGAGGAUCCCACUCUGCUCAUGUCCCCAAGGACUCUGAAAGUAGGGGCACAUCCAACACUGGGGUCUUAUGGGCAGGACAGUCCCAGACAGUAGCACAAACACCACCAGCUAAGUGGAGGUUUUGAUGCACUUGCAUGUCAGCGGCUGUGAACUAGAGCAGUACACAGCUGGGGGUCGAUGCUGAGGGAGAGGAGCUGUGGUACAGGGCCUGCACCCUCUUCUCGAUAGAAUUGGGCUCAGGCACCUUGCAGCAGCAGCUCCUUCCCCCAAGGAGGGGUACAGUGGUUGUCACGGGCCCUUAAGGCAGCAAGGUGCCUCAUCCGUGCCAAUGACCAGGAGCCCAGCUGAAGGGUACUAGCCCACUUUCCUCAAAUACUGACUGGGCGGAGAGGUUUAAGAGCCUUCAUCAUCCUCAGGCUGCAGCCCUCUCCAGGGAUGCAGGGUCAGGGCGCACAUGUGGGCUCCAUGAGCCUGGUUCCCCCAGCCCUGCCUCACUCUCAGCCUUGGGCUGUGGACAGCUUCCCAUGUCAAGGAAGUGUGGAAUCCUCCAUGAGGGUGGCCUGCCCUGGCUCUGGCCUGUCCCUGCCAGCAUAGAGCCACCACCUGUGUCCCUAGUCAGUGGAGUUAAUCAUUCUCAUCCUCCUGGGGAGAUCCAAGAUGAACCUGGGCCCUGGCAGCUCCCUGACCUUGACCUUUGGCAGAGGAAGGCUCCAUCUCUGCAUAUGGAGGGACAGCAAAGGAAGAGCAAAGGUUGGAGACCCUACCAUAUAUUCUUUUGGCGUCCUUAGACAAGUCAUAAACCUCAGUUUCCUUAUCUGUAGAAUGGACAUAGCAAUACCCUCAUAGUGCUGCUAAGUGAACAUACAAGUAGCACAUGUGUACAAUAGUAUGGCUGUUAACAGGCAUUUAGCUAUAGUGGCAUUGUUUUCACUGCCCUGGAAGAGAGCAGGUAGCAUGGAAACAAGGCAUCCCCCCCAGUAUGACAGGACUCCUACUUAAGGUGUGUCUCACUGUGGACUUGUGGCCAAGUAAAAGAAGAAAGAGAGGUCUGCUCCUGCUGGUCCUGUUCUCCUCAAAACCCAUCCCUCAGCAGAGCCUUAAGAAGUUACUCCCAGAAGGUGUGGUGGUCCACGCCUGAAAUCCCAGCACUCAGGAGGCUGAGGCAGGACUAUCACUGUGAGUUUAAGGCCAGCCUGGAUUACAUAGCGAGACCCUGUCUCAAAUUUAAAAAAAAAUUAUUUCCUUGAUCAUUUUUCCUUUACGUCUUUCACAUUUUGGUAAGAGACUUGGCCAAGUCAGGGAUUUAGCUCAGUGGUUUUGCCGCCUGCUAUGCAAGCGAAAGGACCCGAGUUUGAUCCCUGGUACCAAAAAAAAAAAAAAGAGACUUGGCCAAAGGACAUCUCAAGAUCAUCUCUAAAGAGUGGGCAAGUUUAUACUGAGUGGGGUGACUCAAAUCCCAACCAGAGGCACCACCCCAACGCCACCUCCUUGGACACCUGCUUGGCUGUGCCUCUAACCAUGUGUGCAUGUGUGUGUGUGUUGUGGGUGUGUAAGUCUGAGAUGUAUUCUGGGCACAUCGGGAUGUGUAUGUGGAGUGUGUAGGAGCUUGCUUGUGUGCCUUGCCGCUUGGGGGGAGCAGAAGGAAAGGCACUUACCUCAAUGAAUCCCUUUCCACUGCUAGAAGGAACAUGUAGGCAGAAGGGUCCAGGGUCCAGGGCCCAGCCCAGGCCUUCAGAGUGGUGCCUUAGGGAUUAUUCAGUCCUCUGUGCUAACCAGGGCUCCGUGCAGUGUCGCUGAUAACUCAGCAGCUGACCCUGACUCUCCCCUGCCCUUUUGCUCUUUCUAGCACCUGGCUUAUUCCUUGGCACACAGUAAGCACUCAAUAAAUGUAUGCUGAGAAUGA